CUCGGCAGGGCGGAGGUCACCCGACACGCCACGGGCUCAGCGGCUCAGCCGCAGCGAAAAGCCAAAACCCCGCACCACCUCCCCUGCAGCCUGCAGCCCGCGCACUCCAUUCCCAUCGCACCGGCACCGGCACCGCGUCCGCUCCCCUCCCCUCCCGGCCUCUCUCUCCCCUUUCCAUCUCCUCCACGAAAUCUGCGCUCGCGCUGACGACCCACCCCGCAGCUGCUCUCUAUCUAGCUCCCAUCCAGCUAGCCCACCCCCCACCCACCUCGGCCCCUGCUCCCUCAUUUGCCCCACCCAGCGAGCUGAAACGUCUCCUUGGCUUGCUGAAGCAAUGGCAGGCGCCAAUGCCGGUCGUGGCGCCGCUCGUGUCCUGUUCUCCCUCCUCGGCCUGGUGCUGGUGCCGCUGCUCGUGGCCGGCGACGACCCGUACCGGUUCUUCACGUGGACGGUCACCUACGGCGACAUCUACCCGCUGGGCGUCAAGCAGCAGGGGAUCCUGAUCAACAACCAGUUCCCGGGGCCGCAGAUCGAGGCCGUCACCAACGACAACCUCAUCAUCAACGUCUUCAACAAGCUCAACGAGCCGUUCCUCCUCUCCUGGAGCGGGCUCCAGCAGCGGCGGAAUUCGUUCGAGGACGGCGUGGCCGGCACGACGUGCCCGAUCCCGCCGGGCGCCAACUUCACCUACAUCAUGCAGGCCAAGGACCAGAUCGGCACCUACUACUACUUCCCCUCGCUGGCCUUCCACAAGGCCGCCGGCGGGUUCGGCGGCAUCCGCGUGCUCAGCCGCCCGCAGAUCCCCGUCCCGUUCCCGCCGCCCGCCGCCGACUACACCGUCCUCAUCGGCGACUGGUACAAGGCCAACCACACCGAUCUGAGGUACGUCCUUGACAGCGGCAAGGCGAUCGGGUUCCCUGACGGGCUGCUCAUCAACGGCCGGAGCUUGAAUGGCUACACCUUCACCGUGCAGCCCGGCCGGACGUACCGGUUCCGGAUCACCAACGUGGGCCUGGCCACCUCCCUGAACAUCCGGUUCCAGGGCCACACCAUGAAGCUGGUGGAGGUGGAGGGGUCCCACACCAUGCAGACCACCUACUCGUCCCUGGACGUGCACCUCGGCCAGUCCUACUCCGUGCUGCUCACCGCCGACCAGCCGGGCUUCGACUACGCCGUCGUCGUCUCCACGCGCUUCACCGCCAAAAUCAUCUCCACCACGGCCGUCCUGCACUACACCAACUCCGCCGGCAAGGCGCCGGGCUCCCUUCCGGGAGGCCCCACCAUCCAGAUCGACUGGUCACUCAACCAGGCCCGCUCGAUCAGGUGGAACCUGACGGCGAGCGGGCCGAGGCCCAACCCGCAGGGGUCGUACCACUACGGCCUGGUGCCGGUGACCCGGACCAUCCGGCUCGCCAACUCGGCGGCGGCCGUCAACGGGAAGCAGCGCUACGCGGUGAACAGCGUGUCGUACGUGAGCCCGGACACCCCGCUCAAGGUCGCCGACUACUACAAGAUCGGCGGCGUCUUCUCCGUGGGCACCAUCGCCGACAGCCCCACCUACGGCGGCGCUUACCUGCAGACGUCGGUCAUGGGGGCCAACUACAGGGACUACGUGGAGAUCGUGUUCGAGAACAAUGAGGACGAGGUGCAGUCGUGGCACAUUGACGGAUACGCCUUCUGGGUCGUCGGAAUGGAUGGGGGAAAAUGGUCAUCGGCAAGCAGGCAGGGCUACAAUUUGAGAGACGGUGUGUCGCGGUACACUGUCCAGGUGUACCCCAGAUCAUGGACGGCGAUCUACAUGCCCCUUGACAACGUGGGAAUGUGGAAUGUCCGGUCGGAGAACUGGGCCAGGCAGUACCUGGGGCAGCAGUUCUACCUCCGCGUCUGGACGCCGUCGACGUCGUUGCGCGACGAAUACCCGAUCCCCAAGAACGCGCUCCUGUGCGGCCGGGCCGCCGGUCGCCGGACCAGGCCGCUGUGAGACCCUCGCGCCGGCCGGCGGAUCAGAGCUUGCCAUGAGAGGAUGACAAGCACUGCAUACACAUUGGUUUGGACUUUGGAGAAGAGUCCGUAGGCACAGAAGUUUUUAUACCCUGAACCUGAAGAGAGGCUCAAAGGAUAUGAGAGUGUUGCCUGUCAGAAGCAUAUGUGAUUUACAGUUCAGUUUAGGCCAUGUAAUACUGCUGUUAGUGCUGAACAAUGUCUGCAUUUUGCUUGGUUUGAUCCAUCUAUAUGCAACGAAAUUGUUGUUAGUGAUUGGGGUACAUGGGUAUAAACAAAUCGUGCGGCACGUUGCUACACUGGUCAGAUUCUCAAUAAAGUAUCACAUGCUUACAUCC